CCGAUUUAGUUCAUGUGUGUUCUCCUUUCAGUGGCGGCCGCAAGAUCAAUGCUGCAAUGGCAAGACCGAGUCGCCUUGCCUAAUUUUCUAUUUUGAGCUCGAAAUUCAGCCAUCCCGCUCGGCGCAGAGCGUCGCUUCUUGUUGCUAAACUCGCCACCAAAAGAGUCAACAAAACAGCAUGGAUCACUUCCGCGGCUGGACCGCGACGAGCCGAUGACCACGCGCACCGAGAUGCUGACUGCUUUUCACAAAUAAUAGCAACUAAAUCGACGAGAUGUCUCAAGCGCGGGAAGUGGGCAAAGUGCUGCUGCUGUGUUUCCUUUGGUACACUGUCAGCUCGAGCAACAAUGUCAUCGGGAAAAUGGUGCUCAGCGAGUUCCCCUAUCCGAUGACCGUGACAAUGGUGCAGCUCUUGUCCAUCACCGUUUACUCCGGACCCUUUUUCAACAUGUGGGGCGUCCGCAGAUACGUGGACAUCGAGUGGAGCUACUACUUAAAGAUAAUCGUGCCUUUAGCCUUGGGCAAAUUCUUCUCUUCGGUUUUCUCUCAUGUCAGCAUUUGGAAGGUGCCGGUCUCCUACGCUCACACUGUUAAGGCCACAGCGCCCUUGUUCACUGUGAUUCUGGCGAGGAUCAUCAUGCGCGAGCGGCAAACAACAAAGGUGUACUUAUCAUUGGUGCCGAUAAUUCUCGGUGUCGCCAUUGCAACAGUGACGGAGCUGUCCUUUGAUGUAAUUGGCUUAGCCAGUGCUCUGAUUUCAACCAUGGGAUUUUCCCUGAUGAACAUUUACUCUAAAAGAGUUUUAAAUGACACAGGAAUCCACCAUCUCAGGCUGCUGCAUUUGCUCGGCCGACUCGCACUUUUCAUGUUUCUGCCAGUUUGGUUCUUUAGUGACUUCUGGAAGCUUCUCUAUGACCCUAAUGUGCAUCUGAUCGGCGGCUCGGACUACAAGCUGCUGCUUCUGCUUUUCUGUGAUGGAGGGCUCAAUUGGCUGCAGAACAUCCUGGCGUUCAGCAUGCUUUCGCUCGUCACUCCGCUGACGUACGCUGUUGCGUCGGCCUCGAAAAGGCUGUUCGUCAUCUCUAUUUCUCUCUUCUUCCUCGGAAACCCCGUCACGCUGACCAACAUCUUUGGAAUGAGCAUGGCCAUCAUGGGCGUCCUCGCCUACAACAAGGCCAAGUAUGACAUGCGCAAGUCUGGAAAGAAAGAAUCGCUGUUGCCAGUGACGAGCAACAAUCUUUGGAAAGACAAGUACACAGUUCCAAGCAACACUCCGCAGAUCCUCCCCGCCGGCGCCAACUAUAUCAAUGGACACGCAGAAGGCAGGGCUUUGAUCAACAACAACCGCUACGCAGGGGGCAACACCACCUUGUCCAUUUGAUCGAAUUGACACACAGUGAGACGAUCCAAGUGCGAUUUUUACAGUGUUGUUUGACAGUGUCGCAAAUAAAUGAAACAAGAAGUGAGCCACUUUUUAAUUUUAACGCCAUAACUCUCUCAAAUUUUGAAUUUCUUUCCCCCUUUGACAUACACCCGUUUGGCAGUGAUUUGUUAUUGAUUACUGCUGUGCAUUUUGUAUCUCUUCUGUUGUAAACCAAAUUUGUUGUACAAAGGUUUAUGUAUUAAAUUAUUUAUUUUUUCGCUUGAAUUGUGACGCCAAAGAUGAUUGUCGGUGCGUGCGCCUCGAUCUUUGGUGCUGUUCGUAAUUUAUCCUUUGUGAGAAGUAUUACUUGAUUCACAUGUACAUUGAAAACGUGCAAUACAAAAUAAUCAAAUAAAAUUACCACA